UCGGGCCGUGGCAACAUGGCGGCGGCGGUGGCGGAGCCGGGCACAGGCCCGCUUCGCGUGGGCUUUGUCGGCGCGGGACGUAUGGCGGAGGCCAUCGCGCAGGGCUUCAUCCGCGCAGGGAAAGUGGAAGCUCGGCACAUACUGGCCAGCGCACCAACCGACAGGAACCUCUGCCACUUCCAGGCUCUGGGCUGCCAGACCACCCACUCCAACCAGGAGGUUCUGCAGAACUGCUUGUUGGUCUUCUUUGCUACCAAGCCCCAUGUCCUGCCCACUGUCCUGGCAGAGGUGGCCCCUCUGGUAACGGCUGAGCACAUCUUGGUGUCUGUGGCUGCCGGGGUCUCUCUGAGCACCUUGGAAGAGCUGCUGCCCCCGACGGCACGGGUGUUGCGGGUCUCACCCAACCUGCCCUGCAUGGUUCAGGAAGGGGCCAUGGUGAUGGCCCGGGGCCGCCACGCUGGAAGCAGUGAGGCCAAGCUCCUGCAGGCCCUGCUGGAGGCCUGCGGGCAGUGCGAGGAGGUGCCUGAGGCCCAUGUGGACAUCCACACGGGCCUCAGUGGCAGCGGUGUCGCCUUCGUGUGUGCCUUCUCAGAGGCCCUGGCCGAGGGUGCCAUCAAGAUGGGCAUGCCGGGCGGCCUGGCCCACCGCAUUGCCGCUCAGACCCUGCUGGGGACAGCCAAGAUGUUGCAGCAGAACGGGCAGCACCCAGCUCAGCUGCGGACAGACGUGUGCACGCCGGGCGGCACCACCAUCUACGGGCUCCACGCCCUGGAGCGGGGUGGGCUGCGGGCCGCUGCCAUGAGCGCCGUGGAGGCCGCCACCUGUCGGGCCAGGGAGCUCAGCGGGAAGUAGGGCACAGGUUGAUCUGCCACGCGUGGGGCGGCGGCAGGUCAGCUACAGGGAGCUAGGCCUUGACCUUGCCAUCCCCUGAGAAGACCCUGGGGCUGAGGAGAAGCCGCACCGGGUCCUUCCCUGGGGGAGCCCCACGAACAGAGCCCUGGGUAGGUCUGCCGCAGUGCCGGUCCCCAGCAGGCCAGGGGAGGUCCCAGGGGAUGUGCCCAGCCUGCUGCAGAGCGAGGACUUGGCUUCAGCUGCGUGUGGGCCCCCUCCUCCCCCUAAGCUUCUGGCAGGUGGCAGGCACAGCUGACCCUGACAGCCAAUCCCUGGGUCAUCCCCAAGGGUCGCCUGGCCUCCGACUGAAGGACGUGGCUCUUUGGCACACCCCACAUGGAGCAGCCAGCGGGGAAUGCCGGGAACUCUGGUCUCAAACCAAGGCCCUGGGGCCUUUGGGUGGACGGCGGGCUACCUGUCGCUGUCCCCCCACGCUACCCCUGUGGCUCCUAGAGCUCCCCCUCCCCACCGAGGCCCUGGAGUGCUGGAACUGCCCUCGCUCCCACCUGCCGGCCUGCCGGUGCCAGGCCCCCACAAGGUGGGAGUGGGCCACCUCUGGUUUGCAGCCAGUCGGUCCUGUCGGGUGGCGGCUGGGGACACCCUGCGGCAGUGCUCCCCUGCUCCCGCCCUCCAUCCCCAGCCUCCAGCUUGGCCUCCCACGCAUGUCCCCAGACCACUUCUGCACCUGGCCGACCUGGGAGGUGGGAAUAAAGGCGCUGUCCGAUUGCA